CGUGUGUCGUUUGCGCAGCACAUGCUGGCCCGUGUCGCGGCGCCAUCGACAGCUCGACAGCCGCUGUCAGGCGGAGCCCGUUUGGUAGAUGAACAGUUGGGCGAUGAGUGAGUCGGCAUCCAAGCGACAGAGGCGGGCGGCGGCGGAGAGAGCGGAGGAUGACUCCGAAGACGGACACGACGAGGCGAUGAUGGACACCAACAGCUUGCAGCAGCAGAAGCAGCAGAAGCAGGCCACGCCAUCGCACUCCAUAGAUCUGGAGGCCUUCGCACAGCGAUUCAGCCAAAUAGUAAGACCUGUGCGAUCAGAUGCACCAAACGGUUAGCACACAUCGUUAUUGUUUCCUCUGUGUGUGGUGUGUGUUUGUCGACGCAGCCUGUUGUCGUUGCCUACGUGUUCUCAUUCGUGUCGCUCCAUUUGGUGGCGGCGCUGCCGCAGCGGCCCUGGCGCCACGUCGGCUGCCAGAUCACCCAUUUGGUGAUGGAUGCCUACGACACGGCCGAGCGGCGAUUCUGGUGCGGCCUGUCGUUCAGCGAUGUCUUCGAGUGGGGGAGGCGGCUCACGGGGCUCGAGUCCAUUGUCGUCCGGUGUCCCUUUGUCUUCCAUCUCCCGGGCCGUCUCAGUCUGCCCGUCCCAGUCACUUCCUAUGGCCUCCCGGCGCGGAUAGAUGACAAGAUCGUCACGGCAUUGGUGGAGGGGCACAGCGAGGGACGGAGAGCCGCAGCGGCCACAGCGGCCACAGCAGCCGGGCAGCAGGCGCCAACCACCUUGGAGUCGAUAGAAUUCAGCAAAUUCGACUCGACCAUAGUCGUCGACGAGGCCGAGGGUCGCGACAUCAUAGCUGCCGAGCAGCGGGUGGCGGCCCUCCCUCGUCCCCUCGACCCGGCCCCCACCCUCACAUCCCUCACAUCCAUCACAGUGCAGUCGUUUUCUGGGUGUCCCGGCCGUGGGCGGCACUGGCGGCUGCCGUCACUCGAGAGGGUGGUGCAGAUAGACGGGAGGGUGCGGUCGGAGGUGUUGGGGGGGCUGUUUGCCACGUCACGACGCCUCAAGGAGCUGCACGUGAAAUGCCGCCCUAACGCCAUGGCGGACUCGCUGAGGUGCAUCCCCACAGCAGCUGCGGGUCAGCCGGGGCCGCUGUCGCAGCUGGAGCACAUCGGGACCCUCUGCAUGCCGAGUGCUAGCGCUGAGGGUCUGCAGCGCCUUCAGGUAUGCGACGAACCACACAAGACACACAAGGCCAGAGAGGGAGGGCGAGAGCUUGCUUGUGAUGUUCGUGUGUCUGUGUGCAGGCUGUCCUCGUCGACCGUGGCUGCCGCUCCAUCAAGAAGCUCAGCGUCAAGAUCGAGGGCUCCGACAUCGACAGACGUAUCGACAGCCGCAUCUUCGAGACCCUGCGGGCCAUCGGGGCCUUCACCCGCACCGUGUGUGUGAGGCCCGACAUCCCCAUCGACAUCAAGACGCGCCAGAACUUCGACCUCUCUCUCCUGUGUGAGGUCCCCACCCGCCCGGAGCCCUCCCCCUUCGUGCAGAGGCGCCUCCAGCAGCUGGCCGCCGCAUCAGAGAGAGCCUGCUUCACCAUCCGCCCCCACCAUCUCACCACCCCUCUCGACACGCCCAGCCCCGCUGCUCGGUCCCUCGCACACUGCCUGACAUUCCCCAAAGCGGAGAGGGUGAUUAUCGAGGAUGGUGACCACUUGGAACCUGACGCCGAGCAGCCCGACCCAGUAGUGCUCGACAGCAUGCCCCCCAACGCAUUCCCCGCCGCAUCGUUGCUGUGCACCUACAGCAGCAAGGGGCUCGCGAUCAGCCGCAGGCUGGUGACAAAGAUGCCCGUCGUGAAGAGCAUCUUCUUACGGAAGCCGACAGAGCAAGCGGUGACGGUGCUGCAGGCAUUGGGUGGGGAGAGGGAGUUGAAGUCCUUCCAUGCCGACUUCGUGAAGGGUGUGGGUGAGGGGGGGCUCACGUGGGGGGACGUGGCGGCUGCCGGCCAUCUCAGAACUGCGUAUUAGUGUAGAAGGUGAGCUGCAAAUAAUCGCUUGUACCAGCCUGCUGACCGUUGUGGUGACUACUGCCUCUCUCUCUCUGUCUGUGUGCAGUGCCCGAGGAUUUGGGCGAUGGCGAUGCCGCUGGCGAGUUCGGCAUCGCGUGCGUCAAGUCCCUGCUCAAGAUCCGCGGCAUCAAGAAGCUCACCUUCAAGCCGCUGCCCAGCGACGCCUUCAAGCGGCUGGUGGAGGAGCGGACACACGGCGACGCCAUCGAGGGUAUUGAGGGCCGGUACGACAUCAGCUGGACGGGGGGAUAUCUUGAAAAUACGCUCACUCUCAAGCGGCUUGACGCCUGACAGAAGAUUACAGGUACGAUAUGGCUAUCCUGCGUCGAUGUGUGUGAUGUCCUGCAGUGUUGGUUUCAUGUGUGUAUGUCAGGUCGGCCCAUCUAUAGCUGAUGUGUAGAAUGAGCUGCAGAGAGAGGGAGGGAGGGAUGGGUGCCGUGCCACGGUCAUGGAGGGGUGCUCUCGUGUGCGGAGACGGCAGCAGUGAAUGGGUCUUGAUAGACAGCUACAUGACAUGACGGCCCCCCCGUGGCUGUCCAUACGUGUCUGUCUGCCUCUCUGGAUGAGGGCUGCGUAGAGAUGUGAACGACUCCUUAAUUGCAUGGGCGGCUGGAAUUGAGCGUGUGUGCUUAUGUAUUAUAUAUGUCUGUCUCUCUCUCGCUGCCUGCCUGGCCGUCUGAUGAUUCGGAAAAGUUGACAGCUCGCGGACAAAGGCUGCCGUGUCUAUAUCGGAGUUGAUGAAUCGGAGGGUGGUGUUGUCUGGCUUGAAGAGAGAGUCAUGGAGUUUUGAGUGAGUGAGUGACUGCAUGUGGACUCAUUUCUGUGCAUCGAAUCGAUCGAUGUGCACUAUAUUCCCCACACGUGCGGACAUGAGCAAUACAAUGCAAUCAAUGCUCACACACACACGUCUGUCAGUCAGUCCAUCACAACAGCCAG